CAGAAUCUGACCAGAGUCGGUUGGGCAGUCCUUUAUUUGUCGACAGAUUCGACCAUAUUCGCCCAUAAAACUCUCUCUCUCUCUCAUGAUUCAGAGGCAUCAAGGUUAGGAGCUUUCCAUAAGCAUCAGCCAUGGAGGCAACAUCACAAACAGAGGGGCUGUUAGAGAAGAUAAGACCACCGCGUCUCGAAGACGCCGGCCUCGAAGACUGUGCACUACCACCCGAAUCCAUCAAAGAGGCCUUUUUCAAAGCCGCCACGGCCGUGAAAUCACACGCCGCUUCGAUUUUUUCAGCGUCAGGUGACGAACCCGAAGAUAGUUGCUUGAACGAUCCGUGGCCCACUUUUGGAGAAUCGUCCGAUAAGUUAGUCGGAGUCAUACCGGGGACGGAGCCUUCCGGCUCUUGCGUUUCCGAGAAGGGUGGAGGUGUUCCCGGAGUGGUGGGUGCUGGUCUGGCCGAUACGGAGAAGAUGGUGGAACCGGAGGUGCCGGAGGGUGGGGAAGCUUGGGGUGAUGGGUUGCAGGGUUUGGAGAUUGGAGAGAAGGGUCAAUAUGAGAAGGGUGAAAAACAGAGGGAUGGAAUUGAUGUUGAUGAGGAAGAUAAUAAAGACGGUGAAAGGCCAAAAUUGACCGAGGGUUAUGUGUAAAUUGAGCAGUUUGACUGUGUAAUUCUGAGGAAUGGUUUGCUUUUGUAUGAUGACUUGAGUUUGCAAGUUUUUGUUUUGAGCAAAUGGGAUAAUGUGAGACUUGGGAUGAUGUGAGACUUGUUCUUGACUUGCUUUCUACCUCUCUCUCUGCG